AUGGAAAAAAAAUCCGACUUGUUGGCAGUGCUCGCUCUAAAUACCGAGAAACUUGUCCAAGAUCUUAAAUGGCACUUUGAAUCCCUAGAUAAUCCUAAAAGCAUUGCAGAUUUAGAUCCAAAGUUUAAUUCUCACGUAAAGAACCUUUUAGAAGAAGAAAGUACUCCUACACAUGACCAUAGGGAUACACAUUUCGAGGAUGAUACCAAAUGUCCGGAAAAUGCUGAAUUUCAGGACAUUGCCCACUAUUAUACAAAGGUGUUCGAUGGAAUAGUUGACAUCUGCAAGGCAAAACGCAAGGAACUGGAAAAGGAUGUUGUAGAAACCCUGUUGAAGCACGAACAUGAGUUAUCAGAGUUCUCGAUGGAAGUUAGUUAUUGUGAUGGAACCCUUAAAGUAGUAGAAGAUUCAAUAUCUAAGCAGUAUGAUAGUUUAGAACAGUCUUCAAAGAUUAUAACAAAGCUUCAUAAUGAAUCCAAAGAUAUUUCUCUGCGUUUGGAGAAUAGAAAGCUGCUAUUGGAAAGGUUACAACGUUUUGUAGAUGAUGUUAUCAUUACUCCAAACAUGAUAAAGGCCAUAUGCAAUGAUCCUAUCGAUGAAAAAUUUGUUACUGUCCUUGAAAACUUUAGAAUAAAGUCUAAUAAUAUCAAUAAAAUACACAAGGACUAUCCAUCUGUGGUUUGUGAUCCAAAUAAUAAUAAUUAUGCGCAGGAAUCAUCAAGAAUCCAACUUCAGAAGUUAGAAUUGGUCUUGGUUAGGAGAAUUUCCGAUUUUUUGUCACUGGAAAUCAGCAAGCUUUCAAUGCCAAAGGUAAAUAUUCAGCUUAUCCAAACUACAAGGUUCCUUUCUCUUCUUCCCCUUUAUGAUUAUCUCAAAGAGUUUAAAAACUACUCUUCUGAAAUAUCUAAAAUGUAUGUGAGUACGAUGCGCAGGACAUACUCUCAUCUAUUUGAAAAUUAUCUCUUGUCUCUUGAAAAAGGAAAAGGGAGAGAGAGAUGUAGAGAUGUAUAUUCUAUACUGAAGGGAUUAGACUCUGGUAAUAUAACAAGUAACAAGGAAACUCUUAGUCGUUUUGGCUUGAGUGGCAGAGACUCUGUGCUAUCAACUUAUAAUUCACAACCAAUUCUGCCAACUGGGCUCCAAAAUAUUGUUCUAAAACAGGAGGAUAUUGUCAGAUCAUUUUUAAAACUUUUUGUUGACACAGCAACCACGGAAUUUGCCUUUAUAUCUAAAUUUUUUUCCUGUUCAAAUAAGGCUCUGAAUGAUUCUCGUGAACCUGAUUCCAAAGUAACUAGAGAAGCAUAUGAAUUUAGUACAAAUGGAAUGUUCAGGGAGGUAUUAGUAGAUGUCCUGGAUAUUUUCAAGGGAAAUCUUAAUCACUAUAUUUCUUCAACCUAUGACGUCGUUGGCCUCGUUAUGAUAUACAGUUUGGUUGUUAUUAAUAGGAAAGUACUAAAGGGUAGAGAAUUGACACUUUUGGAUCCAGAAUUGUAUGAAAUAGAAACUAUUUGUUUUCAAAGAAUAAUGUACGUUAUAAAGGAUUUUACUGAUUUUAUUUUUAAAUUUGUGCAAGGCUCUCAAGCUAGUGCAGUAAGUACAUGGAUGCCAGCACCGUUUACGAUAAAUUGUGCUCACAUACUUGUGUCCCUUAUCAAGAUGUACGAUUAUGUUGUUCAAGUAUCCAAUGACGCAGUUAUUAGUUCGUUCUACAAGACUACACUUAGAUUAUAUAAACUCCUGCAGAAUUCGAUAAUUGAAUCCGCAAAACGACUGAAGAACAAGGAACAGGAAUCUAUUAUAAUAAUUGGGAAUUAUUCAAUGCUCUACAACAUCUUAUUUAAUACCUGUGCUAUUUCUGUUGAUAAUGCUAAUUCUAUAUUUGCACAGCACAUUAAAACGGUUGAAGAAAUAUUGAAUGAGAAUUUGAAUAUCUACUCUGGGAUCAUCAUAAACGAUCACUUUAAGUUUAUAAUUGAUAUAGAGGUGCCAUCCGAUGAUGAUACUCCAAAAAAAACUCUAAGUAUCGCAAAUUUAGCAGUGAGCUAUAGAAAAAUCGCUGAAGAAUUUAUGGACAAAUACAAGGCAAAGCUUUCCAAGAUCCAUAAUCGUAUAUCAGCAUCAUUUACUUACAAACCUAUAGCGCUUUUGGUCACUAGAAAUGUACUCGACCACCUGAAAAAUGUAUAUUCUACAUUUUACUCCACAAUAAAAUCACAUUUUAGUGAUACUGGAGCAGAAUGGCUUGAAAACAUGCCAGAUGUAUCUGAAUUUAACUACAAUUAA